CCCCACACAAAGUGUCCGCAAUUAUAUAAAAAGGGCGUUUGCCGCUCGCCGGCCUCUCUCCCAUUCCUCCUCACAAGCUGGUAGACGUCAAAAUGUCCGAUCAUGGGGCCGAGUUUGUGCCACCGCCACCGCCAACGCCCGAGAACAAGGUGAGCGGUAAUGGUGAUGCUGGUAUGCUAUGCUAUCUUAACAGACUGCUAGAGAUAAUCACGACUGAUCAUGCGCUACAGAAACUGAUCCUGCAACCAAAAAGGAUCAGCCGCUAUGGGUCCUCGAGAGUGGUAUGUUGAGGGCGGGCACAGAUCCGUACGCAAAAUCUGCACCAAACUAUGUCCAGAUAGUAGUCCAAGGCUAGACUGACACCUUUAUGUAGAAAUCAACAAGCUCCAGCCGCAUCCUGAGGAGUCGACUGCAUCCCCAGUUCCCUUCUUCCACUUCGUCGAGCGCCUAAAGACAACUAAGCGCGCCGGCUGGGAACGCAUGGGCAUCAUCAAAGGCGAAUCGAUCAGCGACCACAUGUACAGGAUGUCAAUCAUGACCAUGAUGGCGCCUGAAUCUGUCACCUCCAAGCUCAACAUUCCAAGAUGCACCAAGAUGGCCCUAGUGCACGAUAUGGCCGAGGCGCUUGUUGGGGAUAUCACGCCUGCCGACGAAAUCGAUAAGGAAGAAAAGUCGCGGCGGGAGGAGGAGACGAUGGACUAUAUCUGCACUCGACUGCUUGGGAAGUUUGGUGGUCUCUCCGCACAAGACAUUCGCACAGUCUGGCAGGAAUACGAGGACAGCAAGACGGAAGAGUCGAAAUUCGUCCAUGACAUCGACAAGAUGGAGCUACUCCUGCAGAUGGUGGAAUACGAGCGGAAGUUUGAGUGCGAGCCAGAUCUCGGGGAGUUUGCGUGGGUUGCGACCAAGAUCCACCUGCCAGAGAUCAGACAGUGGGCGAAGGAAGUUCUAGAGGAGAGAAUCGCUCUCUGGCAGGAGGCUGGAAAAACACCAAGUUGGCCCGAGAAGAAGCACAAGGAGCCGUUCCUGCAGUGGGCGAAGGACCUCGGUCUUCCCAUAUCCUAUUGAGGCAUGGCGAGCGAGCGAGCGGUUCUUGUACGUGCGUGUUUGAUACCAAUGUUUCCUUUGGCAUCUGGAGUCCUGAUUGCAUAGACGGGGGGUAGCGAUGCGGUUUGAUUAUGAAGCUAGACGAUAGAUUCCUCGGCAUGAAUUCACCUUUUUCUCACCAGUA